AUGUCUCGUCCAUCCGCAGGAAACUUAGGGAACUCCUGGACGUUGUUCUGGUUAACUGUCCAGAAAAAUGCAGCUCUGCUGUUCACAAAGAACUCAGAAUCAAAAUUCGUGAAGCUGAUAACGAUCUGUUUUAUUGGCAAGACUAUCUGUGCAUUGGCUCAAUGUCUUAGUAAUGAUAUCGACAUAUUGAACAGUUUAAUCAUUGAAGCAGUAUCAAAAUCUUUAGCACAUAGUGUUAAUCGCAUUCAACAAGACGUUUCAAAGAAGGUCAGAUUAGUAAUAGAUGGCAAAGUAAAUAAAAUCGUGGACACUGCACAAACCACUAUUCCUACAAGUUUACCGACCUCCUCUUACGCUGGAGUCGUUGCUAGUGGAACAGAACAUCUUUCAAGCAUGAAAGUCGAUUGUAUUAAAUGUAUGUUAACCCGGAUUUUCGAAAACCUAGGAGAAAUUAUUGCACGUCGACCCGUUUACUUUAUAGUUUUACCUGUAUUGCUUUCGUUUUCUCUUUCAAUUGGAAUCCUCAAAUUAUCACCAAUCGAAGAUAUCGAUGAUUUAGUUGUUGCAGAUAAAGGAAGAGCUAUUAGCACGAAACUCUUUGUGGAAAAAAUAUUUCCCUUCAAUUCUUCUGUAUUCUAUGAUAUGUUAAGAUUAGCCGAUCUUCCCGAGAUGGCUAUAAUGUUCAUUGUAAGAAAAGACAUGGGAGACAUGGGAGUAAAGGAAGUACUUGAAGAAAUUAAGAAAGUGGAUGAAACUAUUAAAAAUCUCACUGUUGUAAUUGAUGACGUUUCAAUUGAAUAUCGCAAUGUUUGUGGAAUAGUUCGCGGAAACUGCUUCGAGAAUCCUUUUUCCGUUCUGCUAUCGGAAAUAAAUGAUUUAUUAACAAGAAGAAAAAAAAUAAAAUAUCCUGUAGAGAUGGACAAGUUAACCUUAUCUUAUAAUGUUUAUUCGUUAAAUUUGGGAGGUGUGAAAACUGAUAGACAAGAAUGUGUCGAAAGUGUAAAAGCCAUCAGAUUAUUUUAUCCAUUCGAUAUCACUAUGAAGUGGAAGCAGAAAUGGAUUGAACAGUGGACUAAAACAGUUUAUGACGAAAUAGGAAAUAGUCGCUUUCAGCAUAUUAAGAUUUUCAUUAAUCCUUUCUGGUCCAUUGAAGAGUAUGCUGAAAUUCUGUUUUCAAAUCUACGACCGUUGAUUGCUGCGGUAGUGAUUUUCAUCUCUGCUUUCUCCAUGAUCACAUGCAUGAGUAUAAAAUUAGUAAGAAGCAAACCUUGGUUAGGUGUUGCGAGUGUCGUAUCAGCUGGCCUGGCAAUAAGUGCAUCCUUUGGAUUAAUGGGAUUCUUCGGCACGAAAAACACAUAUUGGAAUAUUUGUAUUCCGUUUUUAGUAAUUGUAACGGAGAUCGAUGAUGCAUUUGUUCUGAUCGCCAAUUGGAGAAUUACCGAUCCAAACGACAAUGUUGUUAAUCGUCUGCGUAAUACGUACAGAGAAGCAGCAGUUUCCAUCACUCUGACGUCACUCACCAAUUUCUUGGCGUAUUGCGUUGGAAUGACGACUUCGUUUCCUCUUAUAACAUUUUUUGGUGCUUGCAUGGCGAUUAGUGGAUAUCGAGAAGAGAAAGGCCUUCAUCCGAUUACUCUUCGAUUAUUUGAACCUGAACCUAAUUCCUUGGAAUCGAAUGAAUCAGAGGAAGAAAUUUUCAUGAAAAUAUUCAAGAAUCAAGUCGGAAAUAUUCUUUCCUUUCCAAUUACAAAAGUCGUUGUCAUAAUUUUAUAUUUUGCAAAUUUGGGUCUUGGAAUUUACGGUUGUUUUUCAAUUAGACAUGGAAUAGAUUGGCAGAAUUUAUUUCCUGACGAUUCUUCUAUCAUGCAAGCUACUAACGUUCUGUGUAAUUAUUUUGAGGAAUACGGAUUUGCGUUGAAUAUAAUUAUUAAUGAAACUUUGGAUUACUCUGACAUCACUGUACAGCAAAAUAUGGAGUCACUUAUCGAAAGAUUCCAAUCUCAUCCUCAUAUCUCUGAUGAACGUUUCACCAUUUCUUGGUUGAAAUAUUACAAGGAAUUUCAGGAGCAUCCCGUUGCUAAAUAUUCGUUGGCAGGUUACAACAUGUCUGUGAAACAAGAUUACUUGGAUGGGUUGCGUAAAGUAUUCUUGAGAUUCAAAGGUGCCGACGAAUUCUCUUCAGAUAUCGUCUUUAAUGAAGACGAGUCUGACAUAAUAUGCAGCCGAUUUUUUGUUAUAGCAAAAGAUGUAUCUGGCAGAGAAAUGGAAAUAAAAUUUCUUGAUGAUAUGUGGAAAAUUGCGGAAGAGGCACCAUUCACUGGCAUAGUCCUGUAUCGAUUUUAA